AAAAAGCCAACAGGACACACGGCACGACAGGCUGAAUAAGGAACCAAAAGAAAAGUGUCUGUUGGAGUCAUCUUGGUUUCCAGAUCUUGCACUCUCUCAUUUUACUUUGCCCUGUUCACUCUGUUGACUCUCUCCACUCCUUCUAAUCUUGACCUCUAACCUUAUGGACUUGGGCCUAGAUUAAAGGUACAACAUUUGUGGGAUUGUCAGCAAGAUGUCAGUGCAGUCGACAUUUGUGGUUUUUCUCUUUCUGACCAUCAAUGGACUCUGCUCAGAUGCUGAUCAGGCCAAAGAGGCGAUGGAAGAGCAGAUACUGAGCAGCCUCAUUACUUCAGAGGUACAACAGAGCAGACACAGCUCCCCCCUGUGGCAGAUGCCUGUGCUAAACAUGUGCCGGAUGCUGGCGAGGGUUAGUGAGCCCUGGCAGGCUGACUGGUACGCAAACAAGUUCCAGCCAGCUUAUGACCAGAGGGUCUCCACUGCUGUGAGUCAAACAUCGCAGGAGCUGUAUGAUCUCCUGACCCUUUGCAGACUCCUCCAGCCCAGAGAGCUUGACCAAGAAUACCUUGAAGUGGACCAGAACAGUGACAGGCCACUGAAACGAAAAUCUCCAUAUAUUCUAAAGAGACAACUGCACAUCAAGAAAGCAAGACAGCCAUAUAUUCUGAAACGAAAUUCAUUUUACUGAUCCCUAUGGCCACUAAAAUCAUAGACACUUUACACUAUGUGAACAUGUUGCUAUUUUCACAGUAGUAAUAUCUAAGUGCUACUAGCUGGUUUAUGUGUUCACUUUGGUUUGCUUUAGCUUAUUGUCACUAGAGUCUUGUCCUAUAUUCUCUGUAUAUUUCCUUGAAAUAGUACUAUAUUUGUUCACUGAUUAUUUCUUUAUAUUAAUGAC